CCGAGGCAGCACCAAGGAGCGCAAGCUCCCCCCGCCGCUCCCCACCGGGCCCAAGGCAGCGAGAGGCGGAGUCCUUGAGCCUGGGCUGUGGGCUCCAGGUGGGCUCUGGGGAGAGGAUGAAGCAGGCCCUGGUGGACGAUACUGAGGACGUAUCCCUGGACUUUGGCAACGAAGAGGAGCUGGCCUUUCGGAAAGCCAAGAUUAGGCACCCGUUGGCCACCUUUUUCCAUCUGUUUUUCCGAGUGAGCGCCAUCGUCACCUAUGUGUGCUGUGACUGGUUCAGCAGAAGCUUUGUGGGCUGCUUUGUCACGGUGCUUCUCCUCCUGUCCUUUGACUUCUGGUCUGUGAAGAACGUGACCGGGAGACUGCUGGUGGGCCUCCGUUGGUGGAACCACAUAGACGAAGAUGGGAAGGGCCGCUGGAUUUUUGAGGCCAGAAAGGCGUCCCCGCAGCGCAGCGUGGCCACAGAAGCGGAGGCGCGCAUCUUCUGGCUUGGCCUCAUCAUCUGCCCGCUGAUUUGGACCGUGUUCUUCUUCAGCACCUUGUUCUCCUUGAAGCUCGAGUGGCUGGCCCUUGUGAUAGCUGGGAUUUCUCUCCAAGCUGCUAACCUCUAUGGCUACAUCCUUUGUAAGAUGGGAGGUGAGAGGGACAUCGGCAAAAUCACAGCCAGUUUUCUGUCCCAGAUGGUGUUCCAGACGGCCAGCCCAAGGGACUUCCAGAAGCCUGGCCUCAAGGGGCUGGAGAUUCACAAGCAUUAGGAGCUGAUGAGGUGCUCUUCUUUUGGCUGAUGGAGACCACAGAACUCCUGGAUUUCUGGAACACGAGACACAGAAGCAGUGACGAUGAGGCAGUGCCUCCGGCAGCCAUGCCUGUGCCGGUGAGGGCUGAACCCCCAGACGGCCUAACUCCCAAAACAGCCCUGUUCUGCUGCUGCCCUGUCUCCCAUUGGCUCAUUCCACAGAUCAAGAAUCCUGGGAAUGCUGGUAUUGGCCCCGGACACCAUCUUCCUAGGUAAAAGGAACUCCACCGUGCGCCAUGAGCCUACAAGCUUUAACAACUGACCCCUCCCAGCCCCCCUAAAAUCCAGGCUUCCAAUGGCCGCCCACCAAUGUAGUCAGGUCGGCACAGGUUUGUUUUUUUCCUUUAACCAGUUUCUCACAGACGCCUGGCUUCCUGGGCUGAGGGUCAUCCCAGCCCCUACUGGCCCUCCCGUCCCCACCUGAGGCUGCAUGGCAGUGACCCUAAUGCUCCACAGAUGACCCUAGACAGGAUCUUCUCCCACUCCGCCCCACAGCCCUCUGAGUUCCCGGGACUCACACGCACACGUACUUUGAAUGAUACCUCUGUAGGCUAAAGCAGCUGGGGAAUCCGGUGCAUCAAUCAAAAAAGACUGUCCUUUGUCACAACUCUUACCUUGAGAUAAAUGAAAAAACAUCGGUGAAGACAGUGGCCACACAAACUGGGGGUUCUUUCUGGUCAUGUGACCUUAGGAGGCCUUGAGCCUCACCGGACAAGAGCAAAGCUGAGAAACACACAAAAUGAACAGGAGUGUACAAGACGUGGGUUCCACCCGGUGCGUUUUCCACGGCAGCGGCCACCUGUCUGCUGGGCUUUCCCGGCACCCUCCCAAGGACACACACUGGGGUCCUAGGAUCCAGGUGCCACGGUGCAGGGACCUCUGGCAGUGGUCGGAGACCCUGCCAGGCAGGUGCUCUUUUCUUCUCCCCCUAUCCUGGGCAGAACCCCAUCAGCCUACCCAGCACUGCUGGAGAAGCAGGGCUGUGGUUCUGCUCCCCAACCUUAGGUGGGUCGUGGCAAGGCCAAGUGCCGAACUAUCCCUUCCUCACUUCCCCUCGUACUUGGGCACAGGGCCAGGGAAACUGAGAUGAGGGGGGUGCAGGGAGGAUCCAAGAGGAGAGGGGGUUGGCAGAGGUGGAGCCCAGAUGAGCCCGGGCUCCCCUGGGACCAUGGCAGAAAUGUGGUAGCUAGACUAGGUCUGGGGAAUGCCACCAGAGUCCCGUGAUGGCCACGAUGUUCUCAAGUCUUCCCUUCCCCAGGAGGCCCUCCCCUUCCAAAGGUACCCUGGUUCAUUCCCCAUUUUCAAGGCUCCCCUUUCCUCUGACUGUGCUCCAAGAACAGUCCUGUCAGAAGAGCUUGUUGCUGAGGCUUUCUGGUGUCCUCUGGGGACAUCGAUGCAGCAGCAGCCCCCCGGCAGGGAUGGGGGGGCAUUGUUAUCACCCCCUCUUACACAUGCGGCUGUCAGGACUUGGAGCCUCCAGCCGGCGGUGGGGAGAAGCAGGACUCUGAGGCCGGGGAGGGGCUGAGAACCCCAGGGCGAGUGAGGUGGCCUUACCUCCUGCUCCCGGGCUCCCACCCAGGCUGGAGCGCAUGCUUCAUCCCUUCCUGUCUAUGUCCGGGCAUCCACCUUGGCUCCCGCUGGACAAAAGAGUUCCCGAGGGUCACAGUGCCCUCACUGCCUUGUCUUCCUUUCCACUGUACGAACGUGCUAACCCCCUUUCCUUGCUGGUCUCGUGAUUUCAAUGACAAAUGAGGCUCAGGGACAUGUAACGUCACACGGGACUGCUCCCUAGAAGACACUUCAUUCUCUUAGCUUCAGACUGAGCCGCAGCCGCCCCCAGGGGCCUCUGCUAGCAGCUCUUGUAAAGUGCUAGAACUUUGCUUCUUUGUGACUAGUGGAGUCAGGCAGGAGGGCAGCUGCCUCUCUCCCUCACAGGGGCUGGGACCUGCACACUGGCUUGGGGCUCCCCGAGCCUGGACAGGCUCUUCCGGGCCCCUCCCAUCCUAUCAUAGGGAUCUGAGGGACCCGGACUCCAGCUAGGGUACAGGCUCACAGCAGUGGGUGCGCCCAGAGCCACUGCCGAGCCUGUCCCUCAGCAGCGCCCCUGUGCUCCAGCUGCCGCUGGGGACCUUUAGCAGCAGACCUGUGCUCUGACCACCCGAGGGAAAAGGGCGAACUCAGCACCACCCCUGGUCGGCGCAAAGUGGUUAAUCUCCCUGGGUGUUUGCCCCUCCCUAAAAGAACAGCUGGGAUUUCCUGUGGUACCUGGGAGGCCCCCAGCACAGAGUGCUUCUCAAGGGGGAGCAAAGGCUCCCGGGAUAUUCUCCUGGGCCCCAGGGUUCCAGAGAGGCACGCAGUCCUGGGGCAGCCCCGCACUCACCCUCCACCCCGUGCUCUAGGCCCCACCUCCCUCCAGCCCCCCAACAAUCUGGCCUGCCUGGGCGUGGCCCACACAGCUCCCCAGCCUGCUGCCAACCCUCAAGCCUCCCCUGCCUCUAAGGAGUAGGAACCUGGCCCUCCCCACACCCGUGUCUCCCCUGGUCAUGGCUGCCCAUCAGCCCCAGCUCCUAGAUGGCUGGGACCUCAGCCAACUUUCUCCCCAACCAUCAAGUCCUGUCCCCUUCCCUCUCCUGCACGUCCCUUCCUCUACAUGGCAACGCCCAGCCCCGGGCAAGUCCUACCCUCCUCCCCACUCCCCUGCAGAGCGGCCUGCAGGUCUCCCUCUCAGCACUCGCCCCUGUGCCCUGGCUCAGGGUCUGAUUCUCCUUUCCCAACUGCUGAAGGCCCAGCGGCCAAGCUUGGCUGCAAAGCUGUCCACACCUGGGCUCCAGCCUGCCUUCCAGCCUUCGCCCCUUGGCUUCCUGCAGGCCCAGGCCCCUCUGCUCGUGCUCCCACCCCACCGCUUCUGCACGUCACAGGCACGGCCGACAUACCCAAGUUCAACUCUGUGGUCCCCGAAAACAAAUGUAGAGGCAGGUAUAACUUAAAAGGUGUGGACUGCCCUCCCCACCAUGCCACUUAGCAACAGUGAACACACAAUGGGGAUGGGGUCCACCAUUCCCUCCUCCAGGGUCACUGCCGCUCACGGGGUUGUCUAGAGGGGAUGUGCGGGACUCUGGCAUUAAAAACGGGGCAUUUGGGAGCACAUGGUGGCUCAAGUGGGCUAAGUGUCCCACUUGAACUUAGGUCAGGAUCUCGCGGUCUGUGAGUUGGAGCCCUGCAUCGGGUUUUGUGCUGAUAGCUCGCAACCUAGAGCCUGCUUCGGAUUCUCUGUCUCCCUCUCUCUCUGAACCUCCCCCGCUCU